AUGGAAGAGGAAAAAGGAGAUGGAGAGGAUGAAAUUUAUGAUGCAAAUACAGAUACCAAACUAAAUAAAGCAUUUAUUCUCCUUCUAGCGGAAGAUGUUGAUACAGAUGCAGAGGCAGAAAUAUUAAAUGAAUUAAAUCUCCUCACAGAAAUUGAAGAAUCGCCACCUGGUUCUAUCCAUCUGGAAAUGAAUUCUUCAAAAGUUAAUUUAUUACAUAGAGGAUUACAACAAGAUCCAAGAUGCCUAAAUAAUAAAGAAGGCGGUGACUCCACGCUGGAAUUAGGAGAAUUAGAACAAUUAUGUGUUAACAAUGAUGCAGAAAUAUCGUACGAUUUUAAUCUCUUCGAACGUUUUGAUAAUCUCUGCGAGCAUCAUGGAUGUGAGAAGAUAUCUACAUUGGCCGACUGCUACUAUUGCGUGAGCGGAUGUCCCGAGCCGAGGUCCGAUCACAAAGUGCUGCAUAGAAAUGGGUUUAGAAGGGAAGGUGUGAACAUGAGAAUAGGUGUGCAUACAGGCACCGUGCUCUGCGGAAUCGUGGGUACGAAAAGAUUCAAGUUCAAUGUCUGGUCGAACGAUGUGACAUUGGCGAAUAAACUCGAGAGCGGGAAGCGGGAAAAUCCGGUCGUGUACACUUGA